AUGGAAACUUCUUCUACCACCCACUAUAUUCUUAUCACCAACGGAGAGUCGUAUACAGGCCACGCUUUGACUUGGUAUCUUGCAAAUCAGCUAGAGCGUCAGCCUGGUCGUCUUCACAAGAAAAACUGGAAAGUUCGUGUGUUGUGCGAGAGUCUUAAGAACAUGAAAAAAUUGGAAGGCAUGGGUAUCGACAUCAAGGAAGUUGACUACAGCAGUCAAUUUGCUCUUAGGGAUCAUAUGAAGAAUGUCAAGUGUGCCCUAUUUGUCCCAAACAUGUCAGAUCAUUGUGUUCAGUAUGGAAUUAAUGUCCUUGAUGCUGCUGCAGAAGAGAAGCUCAAGUGCAUUCAGAUGAUUUCUAUGUGCUCAUCAGAGCAGGCCAGCUAUGAAAAUACCGUCUUGGGUCAGUUUCGUCAAUUGGAAGAUCAUCUUAGUAAAAAGUUUGCCUAUGGAAGAUGGUUCCCGUUGCUUUACCAGCUAGCCUUUUUCUGGUCCGGAAUGAUCCAAGACAAGGGCAAGCUUGGUCUUCCGUUGAGUGACAAUACUUCCUUCCCUGCAAUUGAUGUGCUUGACCUAUGCGACGCUUGCGCGACACUUUUGCUUAGUCCUCGAAAACAAACCGAGAGCGAUAACCAAGAUGAUGAGCCAGAUAUCCCCGAUCAGGCCUUGAAGCGAAUCUAUCAUCUCUCUUCUUCCCAUAAUUACACUGGAAAAAUGAUGACAGAAUCUCUCAACAAAGGUCUCGAAAAUGAAGAGGCGUGUGUUGAGUACGAGAAGAUUUCAAACAAAGACAUGCGUGACUAUCUUCAAAAUCUAUCUACUACAUCCGCUAUCAAGGAUAUGGUCUCUUCCAUCACUGAAAAUAUACCAAAGAUUCCUUAUAACAUGCGUAGUUCUUCUGGCACCUCCAAUUCAGACAAAGAGCAUGAUCAACCAACUUCCUGUGGCAUGGAUCUUCCCGCUCUUUUACCAAACCCUGGACACUAUCUUAACUCUUAUGUGAUUGAUUUGAUGAUGGAUCUGUUUGAAAACAUUGAAAAUUACCCUCAAGAACAUCCAACCCACGACCUACAGGGCCUUAUUGGGCGUGAUCCAAAGAGAUUCUCAACCUUCUUUGCUGACAAUCGUAAGCACUUUACACCAUCUUCCAAGAUGUUGUAG